AUGGAUAAUCAGCAAUUUGCGAAGUUUCUUGAAGAAAGGCUUUAUCCAGAUCUUUAUGCAGCAAUUCAUCAAAGAGACCAGAUGACUGAAAAAUUAAUUGAUUAGUAAUUAAAACUCAGCAAUGAACUUCGGUUUAUUAUUCUACACAUAAAAGAGCAAGAUCUAUCAAAAAUCACUACAAAGAUUAAUAUUGGAUGUGAGUUUUAUGUAAAAGCAAAAGCAGAUAUUGAUUUAAUUUCUGUUGAAACUGGAAUUCCAGGACUUUAUAUUGAGUUAAAACCAGAUGAAGCGCUAGAAUAUAUAGACAAAAGAGAAGUUAUAAUCAAAGAAAAACUAGAAAGAUAUUCAGAUGCAGCCAUACAGAUUCAGCAGCAUAUAGAUGCUUUUUCACAGGCUUUAAGGGUCCUAGGCAAUAAUAAUCCACAAGAAGUCGAGAUCCGAGAAGACCUUAAUUCAUAA